UCGCUGACCUCAUUUUUGGGGGUAUGUGUUUUUUCUGAGGGAGACAGUGACUGGCGGCGCCAUAUUGAAAGAAGGAAUUUGUUCUAUUAAACUAUUAAAACGGCAAAUUUCUCAUCAUGCUAUACUUGGAGGACUAUCUCGAAAUGAUCGAGCAGCUACCCAUGGAUCUCCGCGACAGGUUUACGGAAAUGAGGGAAAUGGAUCUGCAGGUUCAGAAUGCCACAGAUCAGCUGGAGCAGAAGGUCAUUGAGUUUUUCGUCAAUGCAAAGAAGAACAAACCAGAGUGGAGAGAAGAACAGAUGGAGGUUAUUAAAAAGGAUUACUACAAAGCUCUGGAAGAUGCAGAUGAAAAAGUGCAGCUGGCCAGCCAGAUUUACGAUCUGGUGGACCGACACCUGCGCAAACUGGACCAGGAACUGGCCAAGUUUAAAAUGGAGCUGGAGGCCGACAACGCCGGCAUCACUGAGAUCCUGGAGAGACGUUCUUUAGAGAUGGACAGUCCAUCUCAGCCAGUUAACAACCAUCACGUCCACUCGCACACCACAGUGGAGAAGAGGAAGUACAGCACUCCAACUCACCACACUACAGAACAUGUUCCAGAGAAGAAAUUCAAAUCUGAAGCUUUGCUCUCCACACUCACAUCAGACGCCUCCAAGGAGAACACCCCAGGUUGCCGCACCAGCAGCACAUCCUCAUCUACCAACAGUGUGUACAGUGUGAACGCCUCUCAGUCUCUGACCUCCUACAACUUGAGCUCUCUGCCUGCGGGGCCUGGGGCCGGGGCUGGGGCCAUCACCUUGGCUGCCGCUCAGGCCGUACAGGCCACAGCACAGAUGAAGGAGGGCCGCCGGACGUCUAGCAUGAAGGCGAGCUAUGAGGCCAUCAAGAACAACGACUUCCAGCUGGGCAGGGAGUUCUCUCUGUCCCGGGACAGCACCGGAUACUCCUCCUCUGCUCUAGCCUCCACCCUCACCCAGACCCUCACCCCCAGUGCCACCUCCGACUCCAGGGGACGCAAAUCCAAAAGCAGCAUCAAGUCUUCCAAUCAUCAGUCAUCUUCAUCGUCUUCCUCUUCAUCACUGUCAUCAUGCUCUUCAUCAUCAGCGCUGGCUCAGGAGCUUUCCCAGCAGGCCUCAGCGCUCCCUGAGGCUGAGGCCAACAGCCAGGUGGACUGGACCUAUGACCCCAACGAGCCCCGAUACUGCAUCUGUAACCAGGUUUCCUAUGGAGAGAUGGUUGGCUGUGAUAACUCAGAUUGUCCGAUUGAGUGGUUCCACUAUGGUUGCGUUGGUCUGACAGAGGCUCCAAAGGGGAAGUGGUACUGCCCUCAGUGCACAGCCGCCAUGAAGAGGAGAGGCAGUCGCCACAAAUAGACUCCUCAUUGUCUGCCCCCCCCAUGUUGGAUUUUAACGCACACUGCAAACAGAGUGAGGUCAGAGGUCAACAGGCUGCUCACAAACUGGUUUUGACAGGGUUUUGAAUCUGACAGAUAAAAUACUUGGUGCCAACAGAAACGGGGUGAAGUCACAUGAUGGAGAAUCAUUUGAGUUGUGAGACUGAAGACUGACACGUGACAUAACAUCUGACCUUUUUCAGAGUUCUGUCUUUAUCUCCUAAAGAUGAGAUUAUCAUCUAGAACCAUUCUCCAAAACAAAACGAUGAAGCGCUCCGUCUUCAUUUUCAUUACGUCAGUACUGGCAGAAGUCAGAUGUCUCCUCUGAAUUAUGACUGAGUCGCAGCAUGUUGACUUUAUUUGAUCAAAUGUGGAUUUUAUUAAGGGUGGCAUGGUGGGGCAGUGGUUAGCGCUGUUGCCUCAUAGCAAGAAGGUAAAUACAACCCUACUCCGGCUUCCUCCCACAGUCCA